AGCGAUUUCAAUACAAAAACUUCCGUGAAAAAGUGCACAAAACAUGACCCCACGCCUCUCAUUUCGUCUGCAGAGAGAGAUAGAGAGAAAUGGCAGCUCCGCCUGGCUCAGCGCGCACGGGAAUUCUGGGCCUGGAUCAUCUCCCUUCAGCCCUAAUAGCAACGAUCAUGACAAAGCUCGACAUCCCCUCCAUCCUCUCACUGGCCUCCACGUGUACGGCCUGCCGCUCCUGCGCUGCCGAAAUACUCUCAUUCCUCCCCAAUUUCCAUCUGCCUGGAUUUUUUUUCAGGAUAUUGCGCCUUCAAUUGAUUUAUUGAGGCCGCUGCUUCCGCACUGCAACCCCUACUUGCGUAGCUUGAAGGUGGACUGCACUCGCCUCGAUGAUUCGUCUUUGGAUUCUCUCCUCCACCCUUCGCUGCAGGAGCUCUGCCUCCGGAAUUGCGCGGAUUUCAGCGGCAGGCUUUUAUCCGAGCUAGGGCGCACUUGCAAGGAUCUUAGGUUUCUGUAUUUAAGUUCCGUGGCAGAGAAGAGGGGAAGAUCAGUUGAUGUAUUGCAUCUAGAGGAAAUGCUUAGUGGUUGCACUCAAUUGGAAGUAAGGACAUUGAUCCUGAUGUUUGAUGUCUCCGUAUUUCUGCGCCAUAGUUUUGCUCGUGUGUGGGCUCUGGCCUCGCCAAAACUCAUUUCUCUUGAGAUCGAGUAUAUUUCCUCAGUAAUGAUGACGGAACUGCUUAACCCUGCUGUGGGACUCCAUCAGACAUCGUCGCAUCCAUGGCCAUCUGUAUUGCCUAAUUUACAGAAGUUAUGCCUUUCUGUGGACUAUAUUACUGACACCAUGGUGAGCACAAUAUCUAAGUGCCUCGUCUCCUUGACUCAUCUAGAUCUUCGAGAUAUACCCAUAAUGGAACCGAGAAUGGCAUUUGAUCUCACUAACAACGGCCUUCAACAAAUUAAUGCACAUGGUAAGCUGAAGCACCUCUGUUUGGUGAGAAGUCAAGAGAUUGCUCCUACAUUCUUCAAGCGAGUCAAUGAUCUCGGUAUCCUUCUUAUGGCUGAUAAAUGUUCGGCCAUGGAAAGCAUUUGUCUUGGUGGCUUUUGCCAAGUGACGGAUACAGGUUAUAAAACACUUCUGCAUUCAUGCUCCAAAUUAUAUGUUCUCAGGGUGUUCCAUGGUACUCAUCUUACUGACCUGGUCUUUCAUGACAUAGCUGCAACGUCAUGUUCUAUGACACACGUUAGCCUACGGUGGUGUAAUCUCUUAACGAACUUGGCCGUCACACGUUUGGCAUCCAAUGCAGAUCUCUCCACUCUCGACUUGCGAGAUUGUAGAAACCUUGGAGAUGAAGCUCUUCGAGCUAUCAGUAUGCUUCCCAAGUUGAAGACUCUACUUCUCGACGGCUGUGAUUUAACUGAUGCAGGUUUAUCCUACUUAAGCAAAGGUGUGAUGAAUCACCUGGUUUCGUUGUCUGUGAGAGGAUGCAAGAGACUCACUGACAGAUGCAUCUCUUCCCUUUUUGAUGGGAAGUCUAACCCAGAAUUAAGAGAAUUGGAUCUAUCAAAUCUUCCAAAUAUCUCUGACGCUGCUGUCCUGUUACUAGCAAGAAGCCGCAUCCUAAUAUCCGAGCUGCGGAUGAGACAAUGCCCCCUCAUUGGUGACACUUCUGUCAUGGCACUAGCCUCGAUGCAGGUUGAUGAGAACACUUGGUGUGGAAGUAGCUUGAGGUUGUUGGAUAUCUAUAACUGCGGGGGCAUCACUCAACUUGCAUUCCGGUGGUUAAAGAAGCCGUAUUUCCCUAGAUUGAGAUGGUUGGGGGUGACAGGAUCCAUGAACAGGGAUGCCGUUGAGGCUCUGGCAAGAAGCAGGCCGUAUAUACACGUUACUACACAGGGUGAGGAACUAGGGACAGAACAGUGGGAUAACAUGGAGGAUGCUCAUUUGCAGGACUAUGACGAUGUGGACGAGUUUGAGGAGUGGCUUUUAGGAGGAGGGGGAGGAGAAGGAGAAGGAGAUGACGAUGACUACGAAGAUGAAGAGCAAGAUAUGAGUGAUGCUGAGAUGGAAGAUGCUGUUGGACAUGAGUCGUGAAGGAUCUGUUUAAAUGAUUUGGUGAGAAAUCUAUUCCUCAUAUAAACUACUCCAACUUAAGACUGAUUUCAUAUUUGUAAGAUAUGUGUGUAUUUAUUUAGGUGAUGAUUGUUGACAUUUUAGUUUUCCUUUCAACAAUCAUCACGUGUCGAUUUGUUGACGUUUCGUAUUUGUAAGAUAUGUGUGUAGUGUAUUUAUUUAGGUGAUGAUUUCGUAUUUGUAAGAUAAUGUGUAUAUACA